GGAUGGAGUGGGGAAGGAUGGAGAAGACAUAAAAGUAGAAGCGGCUCCCCCAUCGCCGCCUGUGGAAAAGAGUACAACCCAGUAUUACACUAAUUUUUCGCUAUGCCCACCACAGUUGCAACAAGUACCGCAGCCAGGAAAACUGGUGUGAAAGGUAUCUUUGCCCUCUUCAAACGCGGUGAGCCCGCUGUCGAUGCGUCCGCUGUGGAUUUUCUGCGUCGAAUUUCGUCAGAAGACACUCUCAACGACGAGUCCACAGAACAAGUAGAGGAAGUCCCAAAGGAAGCCGACCCCUACAAGAUAUUUAUUGCUACGGUCGAAAAGGACGUCCAGUCUCUCCAGCAGCAAAAAGGCUUUCGCACUAUGCGCUGGAAAAUCCCACCUGGUGUAGAUACGAACAAGGUGCUUCGACAAUGUAAACGGCUAUCGUCCAAAGCACAAUUCGUGAUCGAGCAAGUCGGAACCUUGAAUUACAUAACUGCAAAGUUGUCAUGAGAUUCUUCCGUUUCGGUGACAUGUACAGAAUAGAUCGUGUAAAUAUUAUACUUCGUAUUAUAGAAUGGACAUUGUGUAUUACUUGUAGAUUGCAAUAGAAUAAGUAGAUCGCAGUCAACAAUAUCUCAACAUGCAGUUCCAACAUGGGACUAUGACUGGCCAUGA